CAGCUGUGAGUGCGGCGAAGGUAAAUGCAAAGUAUUUCGGCAAAAUGGAUUACGAUUUUAAGAUGAAAACGCAAAUGGAGCGAACUAAGGUGGAAGAUCUGUUUAACUACGAAGGCUGCAAGGUCGGCCGCGGCACCUACGGUCAUGUGUACAAGGCCAAGUGGAAGGAGACCAGCGACGGCAAAGAGUACGCGCUCAAGCAGAUCGACGGCACCGGCCUCUCCAUGUCCGCUUGCCGAGAGAUUGCGCUGCUGCGCGAGCUGAAACAUCAGAAUGUGAUAACGCUCAUUCGUGUGUUUCUGUCCCACAACGACCGUAAGGUGUUUCUGCUGAUUGACUAUGCGGAGCAUGAUCUGUGGCACAUCAUCAAAUUCCAUCGUGCUGCCAAGGCCACCAAGAAACAGGUGGUCGUGCCUCGGGGCAUGGUUAAGAGUCUUCUGUAUCAGAUUCUGGAUGGUAUUCAUUACCUGCACAGCAACUGGGUACUUCAUCGCGAUCUGAAACCGGCCAACAUACUUGUCAUGGGCGAUGGCAACGAGCGGGGGCGUGUCAAAAUAGCCGAUAUGGGAUUUGCGCGCCUCUUUAAUGCUCCCUUAAAGCCGCUGGCAGACUUGGAUCCGGUGGUGGUCACAUUUUGGUAUCGAGCACCGGAGCUCUUGUUGGGCGCGCGGCAUUACACCAAGGCCAUUGAUAUUUGGGCGAUCGGUUGCAUUUUUGCGGAGCUGCUGACGUCUGAGCCAAUCUUUCACUGUCGCCAGGAGGACAUUAAGACCAGCAAUCCGUACCAUCACGAUCAACUGGAUCGAAUAUUCAAUGUGAUGGGUUUUCCGCAGGACAAGGACUGGGAAGACAUUAAAAAGAUGCCUGAGCACCACACGCUCACCAAGGACUUUAAGCGCUCCACAUAUUCCGCCUGCUCGCUGGCCAAGUACAUGGAGCGGCACAAAAUCAAGCCCGACAGCAAAGCAUUUCAUCUGCUGCAAAAGUUGCUGCUGAUGGAUCCCAACAAGCGCAUAACUUCCGAGCAAGCCAUGCAGGAUCAGUAUUUCCAAGAGGAGCCGCUGCCGACACAGGACGUUUUUGCGGGCUGUCCCAUACCGUAUCCCAAGCGUGAGUUCCUCACUGAUGACGACCAAGAGGACAAGUCCGACAACAAGCGCCAACAGCAGCAGCAGCAGCAACAACAGCAGCAGCAGCAACAACAACAACAGCAGCAGCAGCAACAACAGCAAAUGAAUCCCAAUGAGCCGAACGCUAAACGCGUCCGAUUAUCCGGUGCUGGCAACCAACAGGAUUUCCAUCACCAGCAACAACAGCAGCAGCAACAACAACAGCAACAACAAAUGAUAUUCAAUCAACAGCAAAGUUUCCAGCAGCGCUUCAACUGAGACUGAAAUGUUUUCUCCAAUCAUUAUUGUUUAAUGUUUUCCAAGUGGAGAAGCCUUUCAGUGGA